UGCGCUGCAGGUUUUUCUUCAGAAGCUGCUGCAGUCGGCAGGAAUCUGAACUGAUCCGGAUCAGACUGGGUUCUGUUCAUCAGGUGCUCCAGGGUUCUCCAGGGUUCUCGUGGGUUCCUGGACAGAGGACAUGAGUCAGAGAAACAUUCAAAGCUGCUGAUCAGGAUGUCAGGUAACUGGUCCGCCACGCAUCUGUCCUCAUUGGCUCCGCCCCCUAGCUCUGUAGCCCCGCCCCCUCCCAACAGCUCAGACUGGAGGGCUCCCAGCUUCACGCGGGCCGCUCAGUUCCGCGUGGGAGCCACGUCGGUCCUCUUCCUGUUCGCCGCCUGCAGUAACCUCGCCCUAUUGGCCAGUGUGUGGCGUGGGCGUGGCCGGCGGCUGCCGUCUCACCUGCGGCCUCUGAUGCUGAGCCUGGCGUCGGCCGACCUGGUGAUGACCUUCGUGGUGAUGCCGCUGGACGCCGUGUGGAACGUGACGGUGCAGUGGUACGCGGGCGACGCCCUCUGCAGGCUGCUGUGCUUCCUGAAGCUGUUCGCCAUGCACGCCACGGCCUUCAUCCUCGUGGUCAUCAGCCUGGACCGUCAGCACGCCAUCCUGCACCCGCUGCACCUGAGCGCCCACCGCAGGAACCGGGUCAUGCUGCUGCUGGCCUGGAGCCUCAGCCUGCUGCUGGCCUCCCCGCAGCUCCUGGUGUUCCGGGCGGUGCGGGUGGAGGCCGUGGACUUCACUCAGUGUGCGUCUCACGGCAGCUUCAGCCGCCGCUGGCAGGAGACGGCCUACAACAUGGUCCACUUCAGCACGCUGUACGUGCUCCCCCUGCUGGCCAUGAGCUGCUGCUACAGCCGCAUCCUGCUGCACAUCCACCUGCAGCACCGGAGAGGCAGGGGUGAGACACCUGCAGCACACCUGGAACACACCUGUCACACACCUGUCACACACCUGUCUCACACCUGUCACACACCUGUCUACACCCAAGGCCUGUGGUUCUGGUUCCGGCCCGCCGCGCUGCGCCUCACGCCGGAGGCCGUGCACCACGCGCUGUUCGUGUUCGGGAACCUGAACGCCUGCUGCGACCCCGUCAUCUACGGCUUCAUCGCCUUCAGGGCUGACUGCUGCCGCCGAGCACAGCCGCCGUGUGGAGCCCGCCACCGGCAACCGGGCAGCACAGCGACCAAUCAGAGGACAGGCGGUGCAGAUAAAAUUCAUGUUAAGGUUAUUGCUACCGAUCCAACCCAACAACUAGAGGAGCUUCCUCUGUAA